UUUUGUGUUUAGCAAGAUACAGUUGUGUUCCUUUCUCCCUUCCGGUCUCAACGAUUUCAGAAACACAUGCAUCUGUGCCUGAAAGUGAUCUAAAGCCAAGAGAGAGAGAGAGAGAGAGAGGGAUAAAAUGAAUCGCUUCGGUUCAGAGAAAUUCCAGUAUUUCUCCUUUCCUUCGAUUUGCUGAAACGGUAACGCCGACGUUUCUCGGAGUCGGAGGUGAGAACUGGGUUUAUUUUGGUGGUUCUUUCGACGUAGAUCUGGUUUUGUGCUGAUCUAAUUUCUUUUGGAGGGGGGCUAGUUGUAUUAACUCAUCAGCUUUGUAGUCUUUGUGCUGCAUGUUCUCGGAAUAUUAGGUCUGCAGGACAUCUAAAAUUUGAACUUCAUGGAGGGAGUUGGGGGCGAUGCCGCCUCGGCCGUGGCACCUCUCGGCAAAUGGAGAAAUGAUUUCUCGAAGGCAUUUCAGUACUAUCUGGAUAGAUCCACUCCACAUCCAGUCCAGAGGUGGCUGGGAACUCUAGUUGUCGCUGCCAUUUAUGUUUUGCGUGUUUAUUAUGUUGAAGGAUUUUACAUUGUCUCCUACGGUCUGGGGAUCUAUGUUCUGAAUCUCCUGAUUGGGUUUCUGUCGCCAAAGGUUGACCCAGAACUGGAAGGUUUGGAUGGGGCUUCACUUCCAACAAAGGGCUCUGAUGAAUUCAAGCCUUUCAUUCGCCGCCUCCCUGAGUUUAAGUUCUGGUAUUCCAUAACAAAGGCUUUUUGCAUAGCCUUGGGUAUGACUUUCUUCUCCAUGUUUGACGUUCCUGUAUUCUGGCCCAUAUUACUGUGCUAUUGGAUUGUUCUGUUUGUACUCACAAUGAAGCGUCAAAUCCUACACAUGAUCAAGUACAAGUAUGUUCCAUUCACCAUUGGGAAACAGAAGUACACUGGGAAGAAGCCUUCUCCAAGUGGCAGCGCCAUGCCGAGGGACUGACGUAUGGGGAAUUCACAGUUGGAGCGAACAGAAAAAAAAAAGAAAUAUUGUCCUGAUCAAGUUUUAUGUUUUAGAUGUUUUGUGAUGAACAUGUAUUUCACGUCAUUAUUUGUGCUUGGGGGCUGAAGUUCACUUAUGUUGUCUCUUGGGUUUUCUUUUGUCCAGCAGGCAAUGGGAGUGAAACUAGUGCAUACAUAUAAGAAGAAGAUUCUUUAAUGUUUUACGCAAUGUAAUUACAUUGGCAUGGUUAAGUUCACACGACACCUUUUCACUUCUGACAUA